CCCGCCGCCGCCGCCGCCUCCAGUCACCGGCGCAGAGUGAAGCAUAACCAGGGCUAAGGAGGCUCACCCUUAAUUUAGCGAGUGACCCCCGCCCCCCACGCCAAUUAGAGCUGGUCAGUGGACACAGUGAAAAAAGUCAAGAUGCCUUUGGACUGGAAAACGAUACAAAGAGUUAACCCAGAUGACUUGCCUCGCCAAGAAGAAUUGGCAGAUGAUUUGCUGGUUUCUCUCUCUAAGGUUGAAGUAAAAGACCUAAAAGACGAAAAUCAAGAAAAUGUGGUACAUCUUUUCCGAAUUACUCAGUCUUUAAUGAAGAUGAAAGCUCAAGAAGUGGAAUUAGCUUUAGAAGAAGUAGAAAAAGCUGGAGAGGAGCAGGCCAAAUUUGAAAAUCAAUUAAAAACUAAAGUAAUGAAACUGGAAAAUGAGCUUGAGAUGGCACAGCAGUCUGCAGGAGGUCGGGAUACACGGUUUUUGCGAGAUGAAAUUCGCCAGCUAGAAAAACAACUGGAACAGAAAGACAGAGAAUUAGAGGAUUUGGAAAAAGAGAUGGAAAAAGAGAAAAAAGUCAAUGAACAAUUGGCUCUUCGUAAUGAAGAAGCAGAAAAUGAAAACAGCAAAUUAAGGAGAGAGAAUGAACAGCUUCGUCAAGACAUAAUUGAUUAUCAGAAACAAAUAGAUUCACAAAAGGAAACACUUAUGUCCAGGAGAGGAGAAGAUAGUGAUUAUCGAUUACAGUUGUCUAAAAAAAAUUUCGAACUUGUGCAGUAUCUGGAUGAAAUUCAGAAUUUAACAGAAGCGAAUGAGAAAAUUGAAAUUCAGAAUCAAGAAAUGAGAAAGAACUUGGAAGAAUCAGUGCAGGAAAUGGAGAAGAUGACUGAUGAAUAUAAUAGGAUGAAAAUUAUUGUUCAGCAAACUGAUACUCUAAUGGAUCAGUUAAAAAAAGAAAGGGACCAUAGUAGGCUUCAGGUACAGGAACUUACAGAACUUCUGAAAGCAAAAAAUGAAGAAGAUGAUCCCGUCCUGGCUGCUGUUAAUGCAAAGGUUGAGGAAUGGAAGAGAAUUUUGGCUUCUAAAGAUGAUGAAAUAAUCGAAUAUCAACAAAUGCUGUGUAAUUUGAGAGAGAAACUUAGAAAUGCCCAACUUGAUGCUGACAAAAAUAAUGUUAUUGCUCUACAACAGGGCAUACAAGAAAGAGAUGGUCAAAUCAAGAUGCUUACUGAACAAGUAGAACAGUACACAAAAGAAAUGGAAGCAAAUAUACUGAUUAUUGAGAACUUGAGAAGUGAACUCAGGCAAAACAGAGGUUCUUCAUCCGUGUCUCAGAUGAAUCAUUUUGUAGAAAUGCAAACAAAGCUUCGAAACUUAGAAACGAAAAACAAAGAUGCGGAGAGGGCAGCAGAGCUGGCGGAAGCUGACGCUAGGGAGAAGGACAAAGAACUUGUCGAGGCUCUGAAGCGACUGAAAGAUUAUGAAGCGGGACUGUAUGGUCUAGAAGACGCUGUUGCUGAAAUAAAGACUUAUAAGUCUCAAGUCAAAAUAAGGGACCAAGAAAUUGAAGCAUUAACUACAGAAAUGAACAAACUUGAAUUAAAGAUUAAUGAUUUCCUUGAUGAAAAUGAAGACCUUCGGGAACGUUUGGGUCUUGAUCCAAAGACAAUGAUUGAUUUAACUGAGUUUAGAAAGAGCAAAAAUCUAAAACAACAGCAGUAUAAAGCUGAAAACCAGGUUCUUUUAAAAGAGAUUGAAAGCCUGGAAGAAGAAAGACUUGAACUGAAACAGAAGAUUCGAAAAAUGGCUCAAGAUAAAGCAAAGAAAUUUGGAACUUUAGCUGGUGACCUACAUCUGACCAACAUCUUUAAUCAGGAACUGAGAGUGGAAGAAAGAAAAUCUCAGCUAGUGAGCUCUGAAAAUAUUGAUGAAUUUAAAUUAAAGAAUGAGUAUCUUUCAAAGGAACUAAAUGAAAAGGAAAGAGAUUUGGAAAGGAAUAGAAUAGUAAUAACCAAGUUCCAAAACAAAGUAAAAGAACUUGUGGAAGAAAAAGCACAGCUUGAAGAAGGUUUGAAAGAAAUAUUGCAGACCAUUAAGGAAAUGCAGACAGAGCCUGGUGUUAAAGGAGAAACACCUCUGGUCAUCCCUAGUCUUGAAAAAUUAGUUAAUGCUAUGGAUUUGAGGAAUGCUGAGGGAGUCUUUGAUGCCCACCUACAUUUGAAAGCCCAAGUUGACCAACUUAUAGGACGAAAUGAUGAAUUAAGAGAUGAGCUUAAAGAAACUCGGAAAGAGGCUACAAAUUACUCUCAACAGCUGGCAAAAGCAAAUUUAAAGAUGGAAAAUCUUGAGAAAGAAAUUUGUCUCUUACAUCAAGCAAAAGGAUCAAAUAUUGUAUUCAAAGGAUUCGACUUACCGGAUGGGAUGACAUCGUCAAGUGCAAAUAUAAUUAAUUCUCAAAAUGAAUACUUGAUAUAUAUUUUACAGGAACUAGAAAAUAAAGAACAAAUGUUAAAAAAAUUAGAAGAUUCACUUGAAGAAUAUAAUAGGAAAUUUGCUGUCAUCCGGCAUCAGCAAGGCUUGUUAUACAAAGACUAUCUAAGUGAAAAGAAAAUCUGGCAAACGGAAUCUGAAAAACUGAGGGAGGAAAAGAAAAAGCUUGAGGAUCAAGUCGAACAAGGUGCUAUCAAAGUAAAAGAAUAUAAUAACUUACUUAAUGCUCUCCAGAUGGAUGCAGAUGAAAUGAAAAAGCAUCUUUCUGAAAGUAGUAGGAAAAUCAGCAUCUUGCAAGUUAAUGAAAAGUCCCUGAUAAGGCAAUAUACAACUUUACUAGAAAUGGAACGGCAUUUAAGAAAAGAAAACAGUAAACAGAAGAAUGAAUUGAUAGCCAUGGAGGCCGCAGUUGGAGACAGAAUUGGCCAUUUGCAAAGGUUUAAGGAAACAACCAUUUUCAGGAUUGCAGCUCUCCAAAAACUUAUAGACAAUAGCGUCCCUCUCUCGGAACUCGAAUUGGCCAAUAAGCAAUACAGUGAAUUGACUGCCAAGUAUAGGGACAUGCUGCAAAAAGAUAAUAUGCUUGUCCAGAGAAUGAGUAGUUUGCAGUUGGUGGAGUGUGAAAAUACGUCUCUGAAAGAACAGAUGGAUGUUAUAAGUAAGGAACUGGAGAUCACCAAGGAAAAAUUUCAUACUGUAGAGCAAGCCUGGGAACAAGCCACUAAAUUAGGAAGUGAUUUGACCAUGGAUAAAGCUCAAAAAGCUAUAACAAACAGUGAGAUUGUUUCCAUUUCUAAAAAGAUUACAAUGCUGGAAAUGAAGGAACUGAAUGAAAGGCAGCGUGCCGAACACUCGCAAAAAAUGUAUGAGCACUUACGGGUUUCAUUAAAGCAAGUGGAAGAACGUAAUUUUGAACUGGAAACCAAGUUUUCUGAGCUUACUAAAAUCAACUUGGCCGCACAGCAGCUGGAACAAACGUUAAGAGAUGAGCUAGCCGAGAGUGUGAGUAAGGAAGUGAGUGACGCCGACAGGCGGAGGAUCCUAGAGUUAGAAAAGAGUGAAAUGGAGUUGAAGGUGGAGGUGUCCAAACUGAAGGAGAUUUCUGAUAUAGCCAAGACUCAAGUUGAAGCUCUGAGUUCACAUCAGCAAUCCAGAGAAAAGGAGGUCGAAUCUCUGCGAAUGCAGGUGUUAGACUACCAGGCACAGUCGGAUGAAAAAGCCCUCAUUGCCAAGCUGCAUCAGCAUAUUGUUGCCCUGCAAAUUAGCGAAGCCGCUUCUGUUAGCAAGUUGGAGUCAGUGACUUCCCAGCUGCAGAAGGUGGAGACUUACAACUUGCGUCUCGAGCAGAAGCUCGAUGAGAAGGAGCAGAGUCUGUAUUUCGCUCGCCUGGAAGGGAGAAGUCGAGCGAAGCAUCUGCGCGGUACCAUUCAGGCCCUGCGGCGACAGUUCUGUGGCACUUUGCCCUUGGCACAGCAGGAGAAGUAUUCCAAAACGAUGAUUCAGCUGCAGAAUGACAAGCUGCAAGUCAUGCAAGAGGUCAGGACUUGUCAGGAGGAGCGGAGAAACAUGGAGAACAAAACCCUGGAACUGGAGUUAAAGUUAAAAGGCCUGGAGGAGCUCAUAAGCACCUUAAAGGAUGCCAGGGGGGCCCAGAAGGUAAUUGAUUGGCACAUGAAAAUGGAAGAACUUCGUCUUCAAGAGCUCAAACUAAAUAGGGAAUUAGUCAAAGACAAAGAAGAAAUGAAAUAUUUGAAAAAUGUAAUUUCUGAAUAUGAACACACAAUCAGCAAUCUAGAGGAAGAGAUUGUGCAGCAAAACAAGUUUCAUGAAGAACAGCAAAUGUCCUGGGAUCAAAGAGAGGUUGAGUUAGAACGGCAGCUAGACAUAUUUGAUAGUCAACAAAAUGAAAUAUUGAAUGCAGCUCGUAAGUUUGAAGAGGCUACAGGAUCAAUACCAGACCCCAGUUUGCCUCUUCCAAAUCAACUUGAGAUAGCUUUGAGAAAAAUCAAGGAAAAUGUUCGCAUAAUCAUGGAAACCCGGGCAACUUGUAAAUCAUUGGAAGAGAAACUGAAGGAGAAGGAGUCUGCCUUACGGGAAGCAGAACAAAAUGUUCUGUCAAGAGACAGGAUAAUCAACGAACUCAGACUCCGACUGCCUGCGACAGCAGAGCGGGAGCGCCUCCUGGCCGAGCUCAGAACGGAGCGAGAAGAGCCAGAGCACCACCGGGCUUUGAAGGUUGCUCACCAGACCAUCGCCAACAUGCAAGCCAGGUUAAAUCAAAAGGAGGAGGUCUUAAAGAAGUACCAGCAUCUCCUAGAAGAAGCCAGAGAGGAGCAGAGAGAAAUUAUCAAGAAGCAUGAGGAAGAUGUUUUCAUUCUUCAUCAGAAAUUAGAUGUGCAGGCUGACAGUUCACUGAGCCAAUUCAAAAAAACAGCCAUGGAGUUAAUGAAACAGCCUUCUGUACCAGUUGCUACCAGCAAGCAUUUCAUGCGUCUGGCAGAGAUGGAGCAAACGGUUGCGGAACAGGAUGAUUCUCUUUGUUCACUUUUGACCAAAAUGAAGAAAAUGUCGCACGAAAUAGACAUACAAAAACAAAUCACUUUAACGAAAGUCAAAGAAUUCGAAAGCAUCCGAGCCCGCCUUGAAGAAAAUCAUGCAGAGGUUGUGAAAAAACUGAAUGCUGAGAUAGAAGACUUAAAAUAUUCUAUGUCCCAGACAGAGAGGGAGCUGCAGUACUUUAAAUCUGAAGUACAGAUUCAGAAAGAAGCUAACACAAGAGCUCCAACAGCCACCAUGAAAAAUUUAGUAGAACGGCUAAAAGGCCAAUUAGCCUUGAAAGAGAAACAGCAAAAAGCCCUCAGUCGAGCACUUUUGGAACUCCGGGCUGAGAUGACAGCUGCUGCUGAAGAACGCAUCAUUCUUUCCGCAUCCCAGAAAGAGGCAAACCUCAAUGUUCAGCAGAUUGUUGAUCGCCAUACUAGAGAUCUCCAGGUUCAUAUAGAAGAUUUAAGUGAAAAUCUUCUAAAAUGUAAAGAAGCUCUUAAAACAAGUAAAAGCAGAGAGGACUCUUUGAGUAAUCAGUUGGAUGACUUAAACAAUGAAAUGCAGAAAAAACAGAAAGCUUAUAAUAAAAUACUUAAAGAAAAAGAAGAAUUAGAAAAAGAAAAUGAAGAACUGAAGAAGCGCAUUAAAAGGUUAACCUGUGGAUUGCAGAGCAAACCUCCUGUAGAUAACAAACAGAGUGUUAUAGAUGAACUUCAGAAGAAAAUUAAAAAUUUAGAAAGUCAACUGGAAAAAUUUAGUAGUGAAGCAGAAACGAAAGAAAAGAGCUGCCAAGCAGAGUUAAUUCGAUGGGAAGAAGGUAAAAAAUGGCAAGCUAAAACUCAAGGGAUGCGAAACAAAUUGAAAGAAAAAGAAAAAGAAGUUGAUACUUUAACCAAACAAUUGAAUACUUUAAAAGAGCUUUUGGCCAAGUCUGAUAAAGAUAAAAUCACAUUACAAAAGAAACUAAAAUCAAGUGGUGUGACUGCUGAUCGUGUUAUGGGAGUACAUGCUUCAGAUUUAGAAAAAGAAUUAGAAGAACUUAGAAAAAUGAAUAUUGAACUAGAAAAUGAAAUAGGUUAUAUGAGGACCCAGCAAGCUCUUCCCCGAGAUUCUGUCAUAGAAGAUUUACAUUUACAAAAUAGAUACCUUCAGGAUAAGCUUCAUGCUUUAGAAGAACAGAUUUCUUUAAAAGAUACAUUUUCUAGGCCUUUAUCAACAGAAUUGGGAUUAGGUGGUCGGUCUAACAGAGAACAAUUGCUUCAGAAGGAAAACCUGAAGGUCUCAUCUGAAAACAUUGAACUAAAAUUUCAACUUGAACAAGCAAAUAAAGAUUUACCAAGGUUAAAGAGUCAGGUGAGUGAUAUGAAAGAAAUGUGUGAACUUCUGAAGAAAGAGAAAGCUGAAAUUGAAAGAAAGCUUGGCCAAGUUAGAGGGUCUGGAAGAAGUGGCAAGACCGUUCCUGAACUAGAAAAAACUAUUGGUUUAAUGAAAAAAGUUGUGGAGAAAGUCCAAAAAGAAAAUGAAUAUUUGAAACGAGCAUCAGGAAUAAUGACAAGUGAGAAAAUGUCUACUCUUGAGCUUGAAAAUAAAAAUCUGAAGACUGAAUUAGAAAAACUGAAGCUUCAUCUUGGACGUCAACUGAGCAUGCAAUACGAAUUUAAUACUAAAGGCCCAGAGAAUAUCAUGGUUGAAAAUGACGAUCUUCGCAAAGAACUUAAGAAAAAGGUGGAAACUGCUGAGAUACUUCGAAUGGAAAAAAAUGACUUGGAGUUAGCAGUUGAGAAGCUGAGAGCUCAGCUGGAAGAGAUGAGUAGCAGAUUGUAUCUGAUUGAAAGCAGAGACCCCCAGCUGGAAGUGGCCAAAAGCAGGGGUUUGAAAUCAGUCAUUGAUGCGAGGUCAGUGGAUCGCGUGGAGAAGAAAAAGACCGAAUUAACUCAUCAAGCAGGAACUAGUCGAGAGCAAAUUGGAGAUUUUGAAAAAAUAAAACCUCCACAGACAUCUCCAACUUCAGAUCCAGAAAAGCAGCAGUUGAAGGCAGAAAACAAAAAGCUUAAAAAAGAACUGGAAAACUUGGAUCCCUCAUUUUUCGAAGAAAUUGAAGACCUGAAGUACAAUUACAAAGAAGAAGUUAAAAAAAAUAUUAUUUUGGAAGAGAAGUUGAAACAACUUUGUGAACAGUUCCAUAUUGAACUAGAGAGUGCUGCUAGUGUUCCUAGACAGUUGGAAGCUGAAACAGAUGGCAUUAAUAACUCACCAGUCUGCUGAGGGCUAUCUCCAACCCCAACUUUAAUCAACUGUUUUCUAUUUUAAUAGAAGUUGUAAAUAGUAAUCACUUUCUGAACUAAAGAGUUUACUUAUUUUCUUGUAUAAUUCCAAGCAAUGGCAUUAUUUAGUGAAUAAAGUUUAUAUUUAUAAUUAUAUUUAACUUAUUAGGAAAACAAUAUUUUUUUAUUUAACGGAGAUGUGGACUUCUGGGGUUAGAAGUUGUCAGUUCCUUAUUUUUUUUAUGAUGAGUUUCCAAAACCAUCAUAAUGUUCUUGAAAUUAUAAUACAUUAAAUUUUGAACUGAGCCCUAUAAGGGAGGUUUAUAAGCAAGUUAUGAGAGGCAAACAAUUAAAAGUUUUUGUUUUUUUUUUUAAUAAAUACUGUGGUGCUGCUUAAAUGAGAUUGGUUAGCUUUUCUAUUUGAUUCCCAAGUGAUGUGUUACUACAGAAAAGGUCAUGAAGUAAGAUAUCCAACAACAUUUAUGGCCUAACUUUGCAAAUAAAUGAUACAAACAUC